AUGGUUUCCAAUAUACAAGGUUGCAUCCUUCUCCUUCUGUCCUUGCUGCUGUCUCACUUCAGCUCUGCCAAGGAACUAGGAAUGGUCACGUACUGGGGCCAGAAUGUGCAUGAAGGAGAGUUGGAUGAAGCAUGUGCCACUGGGAAUUACGAGAUAGUAGACAUAGCAUUCCUCAGCAUCUUUGGCAAUGGACAAACUCCAGACAUAAACCUCUCAAGACGCCAAACGAGUUGCUGCCUCUGGACCAACUUUCUCUAUGGCCAUCAGAAUAAUUCAGAAGGCCUGCUAGGAAACGCGAUUUUACAUGACAUCGCCUUUGGCAUCAAACAAGGUGGAACCUGUUAUUAUGAUGAUCUUGCCAAGGAGAUUGACUCCUACAGAAUGGUAAAAGAUUUUCACCUAUCAGCAGCACCACAAUGUGCAAUCCCUGAUCCAUACUUGGACUCAGCCAUACAAACUGCACUCUUCGACCAUGCAAGAGGCUGGGACAGGGAGAAAGGGGAAGAGAUCUCGGCGAUUUUGGGGGGGGGAGAGGAUUUUGAUUUUCAGAAAUGGGGGAGGAGGACCGAGGGGCUCAAGACCGGGUUGAACGUGAGAGGAAGAAAGAGUUGUUUCUGCGUUUUUGAACCCAAACGACGCCGUUUUGUAUGCUGGGCAACCAAAAAAAUUAAACCGGGUGAACCGCCCAACCGGUUUUUACCCGGUUUAACACCGGUUUUUACCGGUUGGACCGGUUCCCCACCGGUUCACAACAGAUCCGGUUUUUUCUCCAAACCAGACCGGACUGAGGACCGGUUCACCGGUUUUCCGGUUGAACCGGCCGGUCCGUGGACUGACUUCCCCAUCUCCAAGUUAUAUCUUGGCCUGCCGGCGUCUCCGGCGCCAACUGGCAGGGCUGGUGGCUAUAUCCCAGUAGACGGACUAAACCAUGAGAUUCUUCCACGUAUAAAAAGCUCUCCCAAUUACGGGGGUGUAUGCUAUGGAGCAGGUACUAUGAUAUAG